CAUGUUUUGCAUUGGAGUCACGUUUUGAGAAAAAUAAACUUUGAGUUGACAAAUGAGCAAGGUGGUCGUGGUAUAUAGGCAAUACUGUUUUUAAUUUAAUCAUUACACGAGUGACACAUCCAUUGUGUCUUCAGAUAAGUGAUGAGACACUCGAGGAUUGCUAAGAGUCGUCGACACAAGAAGUUUAAGUGUGUGGACAACACGUGCCACGAUAAUGACCACAAUGAUCAUGGUCAUAUUGGCACAGACAACAAAUUCAAGGAUCAGUCGAUUCCCAGAAAAUGGCAGCAAAUCCUGGAUCUGAAGCAACAGAUGAAACACAAGACCAACACUAAGAAGAAUAAGAGGAAGAAGAUUAACAAUGAAUUGAUUUGUGAACUCUUACAAAACAAUCCUUGA